UCCAGCGAAUCGCUCCAAGUGUUCAUCAUGUCAGCUACAUCUAUUCUCCUACGCAAUGCCACCAUCUUGGUGCCGGAUCCAACGGAACACAAGCCUGUUGUAUCACUUCGAGGUCACUCGCUGCUCGUCGAGGGAAACAAAAUUGCGCGCAUUGCGGCUCAUAUAGAUGCCCCGUCUGAUAAGACGCUGGUCAUCGACUGUACUGGCAAGAUUGUGUCUCCUGGGUUUAUUGACACGCAUCAUCAUGUUUGGCAGACGCAGCUCAAGGGACGACAUGCGGACCAUACCUUGCUUGAGUAUGUGCCUACUGGAAAUAUGCAAUCAUUCAACUAUAUACCUGAGGACAUAUUUUGGGGAGAGCUUGGAGGCUGCCUCGAGGCGUUGAAUGCGGGGACAACGACAGUUGUGGAUCACGCGCACAUGAACUACUCACCAGCUCACAAUACAAACGCUAUUGCCGCAGUUGCGUCCUCAGGAAUUCGCUCUACUUUCUGCUAUGCACCCACGACAAGAGUCAAGGAGUGGGAGCCCGAAAUCACCGUGAAUACAGAGUUUCUUCCAAGCUGGGCAGUCGAACAAGUCGAGCAGCUUAUCAAAGCUGGUCCAUACGGAGAUGGUCGAGUAAGCGUUGGACUGGCAUUUGAUGCUCUGUUCCUCCCAAAGGAGAUUGUAACCGAUCUCUACCAACGAUGCCGACAAGCUGGAGCCAAAGUCAUCACUACUCACUACUGCCGCGGUCAAAAUUCGAUCGUGGACGUGCUUGAGGGCCAUGGCGUCCUUGGGCCAGACAUUCUCCUCUCUCACGCAACCAACCUCACUGAUUCCGACGCUAAGAGGCUCACUGACGCAAAAGCUGGCAUUUCUUCAACGCCAGAUACCGAGAUCCAAAUGGGCCUAGGAUAUCCGGUCUGUUUUAGAGAAGACACCAAGUCUAUUAGCUCCCUCGGCAUCGAUUGCCACAGCAACAACGGAUCCAGCCUGAUUAACCAGAUGCGACUCGGCCUGCAAGCUGAGCGCGGACUUCGUAACUCAGCUCUCAUUGAGGCGGGAAAAGCUCCGAAACACCUCAGCUUGUCUGUACGAGAGGUCUUUCGAUUGGGAACAAUUGGAGGUGCCAGGGCCAUCGGUAUGGAAGAUCAGCUUGGGUCUCUUGAAGAAGGCAAGCUCGCCGACAUUGUCAUUUUCGAUGGUCUCAGUCCUGGAAUGAUCUGUGCUUCCGAAGAGGAUCCUGUGGCUGCGAUUGUGUUGCACUCCUCCAUUGCUGAUAUUGAAACGGUCAUUGUAAAUGGAAAGAUUGUGAAGCAACGCGGAAGUCUUGUGCCUGUCGAUCUUGAUCUUUCGAUGUCGGAUUUGAAGUUUGCCAAGACACGAUUGGAAUGGUCAGAUGUGGCACAGGAGCUGUUGAGGAGUCGCCAGCGCGUGAUUGAUGCGGGCAAAAAGAGCUGGGGAGGCGAUAUGGAGAAGGCAUUGGACGGUGUUUCCAAAGCGUUUCACAUUGAUGCAAGCAACCUUGCUUAAUUGUUUUAAAAUAUUCCAAAGAUUGAAUGGGCCAUGCAAUACGAAAGAUGAUUAUAAGAUACCACUGAUAAUACACGUUAU